AUGCUCGCGGCUACGGCUCGUGGUACGACUCGGUGGAGCAGAGCCAUAUUGGUGAGCCGGUACAGGAUGAGUCUGCGCCGACACAAGCAUACAAAACCGGCUUCGGCGGCUAGGGGAGGUGGAGGGAGGAGGAGGAAGUUGUCGGUGGUGGGAUAUCGAGUCCGGGCGUUAGGUGGGUUGGUGCCGGGUUGUGAGAGAACGGCUUUACCGGAGCUUUUGGACGAGACAGCGGAUUACAUAGCGGCGUUGGAAAUGCAAGUCCGAGCCAUGACGGCUCUAACGAAGAUUCUGUCUGAGUUUCAGCCGUCCGUUAAAAUCGGCUCAGGAUUGUAG